UUAAAAAAUGCAUAUAAGCAACAUCAGUUUUCUAAAGAGACAAUUGAUAGUAGUAUGAAUGAGAGCAGUAACAAUAUAUUGACAAAUUCACAACCAUUAAAUAUAGAAAUUGAUAGUAGUGCAAAUAAGAAUA